CACAUAAACAUGGAGGCCAUCUUUCACGAGAGGCAAGAAGGUUCUCUGUGUGCCCAGCACUGUUUGAAUAACUUACUGCAAGGAGAGUAUUUCAGUCCUGUGGAACUGUCUUCUAUUGCACAGCAGUUAGAUGAAGAAGAGAGAAUAAGAAUGGCAGAGGGUGGAGUUUCUAGCGAAGAAUAUAGAAUAUUUUUACAGCAGCCUUCAGGAAACAUGGAUGAUAGUGGUUUCUUCUCAAUUCAAGUUAUAAGUAAUGCCUUGAAAGUUUGGGGUUUAGAACUAAUCCUCUUCAACAGCCCAGAGUAUCAGCGGCUCGGGAUCAAUCCUAUAAAUGAAAGAUCUUUUAUUUGUAACUAUAAAGAGCACUGGUUUACAGUUCGAAAAUUAGGGAAACAGUGGUUCAAUUUGAACUCUCUCUUGACCGGUCCAGAACUAAUAUCUGAUACUUAUCUUGCACUUUUUCUGGCCCAGCUACAACAAGAAGGUUAUUCAAUAUUUGUUGUAAAAGGUGACUUACCUGAUUGUGAAGCUGAUCAAUUACUGCAAAUGAUUCGGGUGCAGCAAAUGCAAAGGCCAAAAUUAAUUGGGGAAGAGACGCUGCAAUCAAGAGAUGAGAGUGUGCAAAAACCAGACUUAGAACAAGCACUAGAUGUUAGCCCGUCCUUUGAUAAUACCAAUAUGUUAGAUGAAGAUGAAGAAAAUUUCCAAAAAGCACUUGCACUCAGCAGACAGGAAAUUGAUAUGGAAGAUGAAGAAGCAGAUCUCCGGAGGGCUAUUCAACUUAGUAUGCAAGGAGAACAUCGAAGUGGCUUCUCAGAUUGUUGCACACAGAACAUUCCACAUUCAUCUGCAACAGGCCAAACUGAAUCUCUCCCAUCAGAAGAAUUGCGGCGUCGAAGACAGGCCUAUUUUGAAAAACAUCAGCAGCUGCAAAAGCAAGGUCAGAUUCCACAAUUCCAUGGUGAAGCAGCUACAAAUUCGCACACAAUAGUUAAUGACACAGGAGGUGAUUUGAGUGAAAAUGAUAUGCUUCAAGCUGCUAUGAAUAUGUCCUUGGAAACUGUUACAAACAGCUUGAACGCAGAAGAAAAGAAAUGACAAAUAUUUAUUCUAAUCUGAACGCUACAUUCUGUAUUAAUUCUGUGUGGGUGGCAUAAAGGUAGGGUUCAUUUCAUUGAUGUACCAAAGCAAGAUAACAGUUGUGAGAUUUCAGACUGAGGAUCAGAAUUAAAAACAAUUUGGUUACUAUACAAUAAAAUCUCAUUAGUUUAUGGUUAUACUGUUGACCUUCUGGGUAAUUUCUAUUCAGUCAGAAGAACAAUGGGAAAAUGGGUGUUGAUAUACAAUAAAAUCUCAUCCAAUAUUUUUCUGAUCCAUAGAUGUUCAGGUUAGGUUUAUGGUAUCUGCAGAUCUUCGUAUAGGGAGCAGCUCUCUCAGUUGUGAUGGCUUGUUCUUGCAAGUUGUGAUCUUAACAGGAAGAUCAAGCACUCGCCUGAUUAUAGAGCAAGGCCUUGGAACUUUGCUAAAUAAGAUUAUGUGAAAUCUAAACAUUUGUAGUUUCACAUAUAUGCUCAAAGGCAUUCUAAGUAUCAUGUUUACAAUGCAUUGAAUUACCUGCAUGAAUUACUGUACAUCAGCUUAAUUCCAGAAUUUAAUUAUUUAACUACAUUUUGACUAAGAAUAGCAAGAGAUUUGCAGACCAUCAACCCUAUUUUGGAAGACUUUGCUAGAGUAUUACAAUUGUCAUAAAAUGGAACAUCCUGCUUUUAUUCUCCUGCUCCUCCAGAUCUGCCUCCAAGCAUUCCAAUCUUCCAAAGCUGAUUUGAAAGGCACCCUGGAGGAACCUACUCCAAUAACAGACUCAAGACUUAUUUCUUCCUUGUUUUGCUCUAAAAAUGCCUUUAGUAUUUUUUUACUAAAUGUUGGGCCAAUACUGGCUAUGAUGCACUGAUCUAGUAUAUAUAUACAUAUAUUCAGCCAACACCUAGAAUCUGAUUAACUGAAAUCAAAAGUGUUGGAUAUAGUUGAUAACUGUUAUUGUAAUUCUUAUUUCAAUUGGUAUUAAUAUUUUAUCUUUUGUUAGAUAUUUCUAUAAGUAUUAAUACUAUCAAGCUGGACAUAAGUUAUCUUUUACUGAAUCAGCUUAUUGGUCCAUUUAGGUUAAAAUUAUCUAUUCUGGCAGUGAUUCUCCAGUCUUAAGCAAGAAUCUGAAUUGCUUUUGAAUGGAGGAUAAGAAUUAGAAUUAAACUGGAACUUCCUACAUGUGUAUCACGUGCUCUGCCACUGAGCUAUAUAGCCUUUCCAAAAUUCCAUAUUAAUUUUGAAAUGAGGAAGUUGAAAAGAUUUUGAUGCCAUGAUUUCAGUGCCACAUUAUUAAUAUGCAUAACUACCAUCUGAAAUGAACCCUGCAUGGUUAUUUGUGUGUUAAAAAUGGAUAUACAUAAAUGAAUGUGUAUGAGAGUAUGUACUUUAUCAAAUGUUAAUGAAUGUCUUCUUGUAACAGAUUUGCGGCUUUUCAUGAAUGGUCUUCAUUCAUGCAUCUUACUGUUUAUUCUGUUUCUGUUACGAAGGGAAACUGGGAAGCAAAUUCUGUAAGCUAGUUUUAUUCUGAUAGUCAAAUAAUACAUAACAAAUAUUAUUGCAGGAUGACUGAAUUUGGCAUUUUGUAUUAAAAAUAUUUUUCUUUUUUGCAAAAGGUGUUUUAAGCAUACAUUCUGUUUACAUAUACAUAUUAAGGCUAUAGUUUUGGAUACAAACGAUAUACUCAUUAAACCUAUGGAUAUUUGCCAGAUACACAAAAAAAUAUUGAUUAGGUUUUGCAAAUUAUUUUAAAAUUAUUAUAUUGCACCAUGUUGAUGUGUCAUUCUUUGCUACUGAAUGAUUAGUAAAUGUACACAGAUUAUGGUACUAUAAAAAUACAAUAUUAAAAUUGAUUUUGAUAUUUGUUUACAAAAAAUGAUUUAAGUGGAGAGUUAAAUAUGAAAGUCAAAUGCCUCUUAUUUUCAUGUUUCAUAUGCUGUUGAUUUCUGUGAAACUAUUACAAAAGUACAAGCACUGCGAUUUGGUCCAGGGAUAAAUACUAUAAGAGUGUAUCUAGCUUUGCCAGUCAGUAAACUGAAGGUAGCUAUUUUAGAUCUGCCUAAUUUAUUUAUUAACAAAAAAUUAACUUACCAUAUUUACUGCAUGUUGUUUUGGAAAAAAAAACAGCAUUAGUUACAUAAAGCUAUAUGCAUUCAUUUUAAUUGUAUUUAAGCCACUACUUGAAAAGAAAUAUAUGAAAAGAUGUAUAGACGCCAUGAAAUGAAAUCAUACUAGUCUGUAAAGAUCAUAGUUUUAUUUUUUCUUACUUUUCCAAUAAAUUGUGUCCUUGUGGACAAGUUGAA